AUGGAGUCUUCCAAACUCAACACGACGGAGAUGCUCGAGGGCAUGCCCGUCACCUUCCAGACGCUCUUCUCCCGGGCUUCUCCAACCAUCACGGCCCUCAUUGGGGCCCUCGCAAUGUGGUGGUGGCUCGCAACAGCCCGCAGCAAGAACCAGCCCAACAUCUACGGCAACUAUGACUUUGACGCGCCCAUCAUCGGGUACCAGAGCCCCAUCCUGGGACGGUGGCAGUUCUUCCGCAACGGGCCGGCCAUGAUCCGCGAGGGCUACGCAAAGUACAAGGACAGCUUCUUCAAGGUCUCGGGCAACGACCUCCUCAUCGUGCCCAACAAGUACCUGGCCGAGCUGGCGAGCAUGCCGCCCGAGAAGCUGAGCCUCAACACGGCCAUCGUCGACGCCUUCCAGAACCUGCGCUCCAUCACGGCCGUCAUCACCGACCACAGCCUGCAGUCGCGCAUGCUCAUGACGCGGCUGACGCCCAAGCUGGGCCUCCAUGUGCCCCUCGUGCAGGAACAGCUGCGAAAGCACCUCCCGCAGGAGCUGAAGGCGACCGAGGAUGCCUGGACACCCAUGAACGCUCUGGCGCUGGCUCGCCGGCUGGUCCACCGCGGCGUGGCGACGCAGUUCGUCUUUGAGCUGCGCGAGGACGAAGACUACCUUUCGACGGCCACCAACUACUCGGAGCACGGGUUCAAGCACAACUUCCUCUUGCGCGUGGUCCCCGACCGCCUGAAGCCUGUCGUCGCGUGGUUCCUCCCGACGAGCUGGGGCGUCGACCGGGCCCUGCGCAAGGCCGAGAAGCUGGUCAUCCCCGUGAUGCGCGAGCGCCAGCGCCGCGAGCAGGAGGACCCGGCUUACGAGCGGCCCGACGACUUUCUGCAGCACCUCAUCGACGGCGGCCGCGAGCUCGAAGACGACGAGGCCACCACCGUCCAGCGUCUCAUGGUCACGUACCUCGGCUCCGGGCCCUCGACCAUCAUCGCCGUCGCCCAGGUGCUCUUCGACCUCUGCGCCCAUCCCGAGUACGUCGAGGUCCUGCGCGAAGAGGCCUUGCAGGUCCUUCGAACCCACGGCGGCUUUACCAAGCAGGCCUUGGCCGACAUGAAGAAGAUGGACAGCUUCAUGCGGGAGUCGCAGCGGCUGAGCCCGCCCACUUUACUCGGUUUCAAUGCUAUAGUGCGUCAGAACCUGAGCUUGCACGACGGCACCAUCCUGCCCGAGGGUGCCCACAUCCAGAUGGCCACCUACGCCAUCGGCACCGACCCGGAGCGUGUUCCCGAUGCCGACAAGUUUGACGGUAUGCGGCAAUACAACAACCGCAAGAGGCCGGGUGAGAGCAACUGGCACCAGUUUACCACCACCAGCGAGAACAACCUCCACUUCGGCCACGGCAAGAUUGUGUGCCCGGGCCGCUUCUUCGCCGACCACUCGAUGAAGAUGAUUGUGUCCAACAUCCUGCUGCGCUACCACCUGCGCUUUCCCGGCGGCGCGACAGAGCGUCCCGCCAAUUCGAGCCUGUAUGAUGUUGUCAUCCCUGACCUCAGCACCUGCGUUGAGUUCAAGCUGCGCACCGAUGCCAAGGAAACCGUUUUUUAG